GCCCGCCCCAUGCACCGGAGCCAUGAGGGCGGGCAGCCCCGGGGCCCGGGCCGCCGCGCCCCGGCCGGCGCCGAGGCGGGCAAGGCGGUUUAUAUAGGGUGCCCCGCGCUCGCCCGGCGCAUGGAGCCGCAGCCUCCCUCUCCCGCUCUCUCCCGCAAGGUGAUGCCGCCGGAGCCGCUGCCCAAGGGGAGCGCCCGCUGCCUCGACCCGCACGCCCGCGCCAUGUCGCAGCCCGACGGGGAGCCGCUGCCCGGCGCCCUGGAGAAGGAGGACGCCCGCUCGGCGCCCAGCACCCCGUCCACGCCGUCCGUCUGCUCGCCGCCGUCCUCCUCCUCCUCGUCUACGCCGUCGGCCGGCAAGAACGUGUGCUCCAGCUGCGGGCUGGAGAUCCUCGACCGGUACCUGCUCAAGGUGAACAACCUCAUCUGGCACGUCCGCUGCCUCGAGUGCUCCGUGUGCCGCACCUCGCUGCGGCAGCAGCACAGCUGCUACAUCAAGAACAAGGAGAUCUUCUGCAAGAUGGACUACUUCAGCCGGUUUGGUACCAAGUGCGCCCGCUGCGGCAGGCAGAUCUACGCCAGCGACUGGGUGCGGCGGGCGCGGGGCAACGCCUACCACCUCGCCUGCUUCGCCUGCUUCUCCUGCAAGCGGCAGCUCUCCACCGGCGAGGAGUUCGGCUUGGUGGAGGAGAAGGUGCUGUGCCGGAUCCACUACGACACCAUGAUCGAGAACCUCAAGCGAGCGGCGGAAAACGGCAACGGGAUCACGCUGGAGGGGGCCGUGCCCUCGGAGCAGGACAGCCAGCCGAAGCCGGCCAAGAGGGCCCGCACCUCCUUCACCGCCGAGCAGCUGCAGGUCAUGCAGGCACAGUUUGCUCAGGACAACAACCCCGACGCACAAACGCUUCAGAAACUCGCAGACAUGACGGGGCUGAGUCGGAGAGUCAUUCAGGUUUGGUUUCAAAACUGCAGAGCCCGCCAUAAAAAACACACGCCCCAGCACACGGUGCCGCCCUCGGGGGCUCCCCCGUCCCGCAUCCCCUCCUCGCUCCCCGAGGACAUCCACUACUCGCCCUUCAGCAGCCCGGAGCGGGCCCGGAUGGUGACGCUGCACGGAUACAUAGAGAGUCAGGUACAGUGUGGACAAGUGCACUGUAGACUUCCCUACACUGCUCCACCAGUGCACCUCAAAGCAGACAUGGAAGGACCACUAUCUAAUAGGGGUGAGAAGGUCAUCCUCUUUCAGUACUGACUGCGCGAGCUCUUCCUCAUCUGCCCAUGGCGCUACCAGCACCACUGCCCCUCAGUCGCUGAAACAGCGUCCAGCCCGAGGCAACUGUUCUCAGUCAUGCAGGAGAAACUCAGAUCCAGCACUCUCAGUUGUUCCCAUUGACCAGCAUCUAACAUCCACUAUUAUUUCUCCAGCAACACUCUGUGUAUGUGUGUGUCGAGUGCAGAGUUACAUUUUUCACUUGUUUCUUGUGGACUUGUAGAAUGACAGUGAGUCUCUCCAAGGCAAUGCCAGACACAGCCAAAAUUAGUGACUCUGCUGUGCUUACAAAUCCUGCUCCCCAGUCACAGGAAUAUGAACAGAUCAGUUCACGCUGAGUCACAGGGGGUUCGAUGAUCACCUAUGAAUAUAAAGAAAGGAGGAAUUUACGUGGUUUGGCCUGAUUCUCUUUUUGCACCAGUGAAGCAGUGUUGGUUCCCGGACGUCCCUCCUUAUUUACACUUGCAUGUGUGAAAUCUGAAAUGGGCUCUUUGGCUCAGCAACUCAAUAUACACACAGGACUCCUGAGCCAAAGCCACAGGUAGCUGUGGCUCCACUAAGUGGAAAACAUGAUGCCAGCUGGAAAUAGGCAGUUUUCCUUCCUCCUCAAAGUGCUUUAGAAUCACAUGUCCUUUGAUCACUCUGUAAGGUAAGUAAACCUUAGUGUUUCCCCCCCUCAUUUUGUAGGAGGGGAAAUGGAGAUGUCCUAAACCGAAAGGAGUGGUGGGGGUUGGUGGCAAAGCCAGGUUUAGCACUCUGAAGGUUUUGAUUGCUGACUUGUUCUCAGAGCACUGAAUAUCUCCCUCCUCUCACAGCCAUCUGCCAAAUCUUUUAUUAUUGUUUUUAUUAUUAGUCUCGUUUUUUAUUAACAAGCUAGUUUAUUUCUGUGGAGUCACGUUGGAUCACAAAUGGGUGUACCUACACAGAACUUAGACACUCCAUACACUGGGACUGGGGAAUCCUUAAAGGAAGCUGAUUGUAAAUGCGUAGAAAAGUUUUGCCCUGGUACAGACCCCAGGAGAGGGACCCAGCGCCGUGCCCAGUGCUCACUGAGGGCAGCAGGGGAGGAACCCGGGAGCAGUCAGGGAAGUGCAACUGGCGGUAAGGCCGGCAGGAGCGGUCCCCGGCCGAGCGGCAGCAAGGUGACGGCGUAUUCCUUUGUCUGGCAGCAUCCGAUUACCUCUGCCCUUGCGUUGUUCCCCCUUCCCGGAGCAUGACUGUUGCUUCUGCCACGACUGGGAUGGAGGCACAGCCCCAGCCGGCUGCUUGCAGAGGAGCAGGCGAUGCGGGGCUCACCCUCAGAGGCAGUCU